UACAGAUUUUUGAUAUUCUUUGAUGAUGGGUAUGCACAAUACACCAAAGCAAGUGAAAUCCACAAAGUUGUAUCUCAAAGUGAUAAUGUCUGGGAAGAUGUUUAUCCUGAAUCACAAGAUUUCAUUAGAGAUUACUUAUCACAAUAUCCAGAGCGCCCAAUGGUACGUUUACAGAAAGGUCAAGGUGUACAGACAGAAUGGAAUGGAAGAUGGUGGACAGCUAAAGUAAUGGAAGUUGAUGCUAGUUUAGUUAAAAUGUAUUUUCAAGCUGAUAAACGUACUGAAUGGAUCUAUCGAGGUUCCACCAGAUUAGAACCUCUAUUUAAAGCCCUUAAGACGGUACCUAGUCAUAAUUCCAAAUUCAAAAAGCUGGCACACAACAAAAAACCAAUUCUAUCUUUUUAUUUGAAAAUGUAUAUUUCAGACCUUUCUCAUAGUAAAUAUUCUUUGGCAAAUUUAGAAGCACAUAAAGGUAGUAGUAAAGGUAGAAGAAAUGAUCCAAACAGUAAAAAACCUAGAAUAGUAUAUACUAGAGGUGAAGAGGAAAAAGGUAACAUUUUAACUAUAUAUUUUACCCAGUUCCUGAUUAAUAUUGUCUUUAUUUUAGUACCUCACAGAUGUUCUAGUAAAUGUUUAAAAGAUGUAGAGGAAGAUCCUACUAAACAUCGGGGUAGAAACCCUUUACUAAUACCUUUAUUAUGUUCAUGGGAGAGACAUGUAUGUAAGAUUAAACAGAGUGGUAAACGUCAUGUUAUUUAUCGUACACCAUGUGCUAGAAGAUUACGUACCAUAGAGGAAGUAGAUAGAUAUCUUAGAUUAACUAACUCUAAUCUUACUAUUGAUUUAUUUUGUCUUGAUCCAUACCUACAUACACACACAGAAUUUGUCCCCAUUAAGACAUUUUGUGAUAUUAAAGAUUUAUCCUAUGGUAAAGAGAAUGUACCGAUAUCUUGUGUUAAUGGUAUAGAUAGACAGUAUCCUGAUUAUGUAGAGUAUUCUACUGUAAGAAUGCCAGCGAAAGGUGUCAAACUAAAUUUAGAUCCUGAUUUCUUACCAGGCUGUGAUUGUACUGAUGGCUGUAGAGACUCUAGUAAAUGUGCAUGUCGGCAGCUUUCAGUAGAACAUACCACAGCAUUGGGUGAAAAAGAUCCUACUAUAGGAUAUAAACACCGAAGAUUAAAUGAACCAAUAUUUACAGGGAUUGUAGAAUGUAAUGUUAACUGUAAAUGUGAUAAGCGUUGUCACAAUAAAGUUGUACAGAAUGGUCUAAAUCUUCGUUUACAAGUCUUCAAAACAGAAAAAAGAGGUUGGGGAUUACGAUGUUUAGAUGAUAUACCUAAAGGAGGAUUUAUUUGUAUUUAUGCUGGUCAACUACUAACAGAUACUGGUGCUAACGAGGUAAAUUACAUCAUUGAAUAUUUUGGUAUUUUUCAGGAUGGUAAACAAUAUGGUGAUGAAUAUCUAGCUGAAUUAGAUUUUAUAGAAGUAGUCGAGAGACAGAAAGAAGGUUAUGAGAGUGAUGUAGAGGAACCAGACAGCCAUAUUGAAGAAGAUAUAGCUGAUGAAGAAGAUGAGGAAGAAGAAGAAGAAGAAGAAUUUGAGGGAACUCAACAUAAUUCAGGCUCUGAUAGUGAAUUUUAUUUUGCAAACCCUGUUGCAAUAUAUGUGGUAAAUUUUCUUGCAGAUAAAAGGCCAAAUCAUCCUGGCACCAGAAGUUUUUUUGAAGACAAUCAGAUGUGCUAUAUCAUGGAUGCUAAAUCUAUGGGCAAUAUAGGACGCUAUUUAAAUCAUAGUUGUGAACCCAAUGUAUUUGUACAGAAUAUAUUCGUAGACACUCAUGAUUUAAGAUAUCCGUGGGUAACAUUUUUUGCAGGAAUGUAUAUCAGAGCCGGAACUGAGUUGACUUGGGAUUAUAAUUAUGAAGUUGGUAGUGUACCAGAUAAAGUCUUAUAUUGCUAUUGUGGGUCUUCACAAUGUCGUGGACGCUUACUUUAA